UGAUCUCUUCUCCUACUUCAUUUUUGAAGCUACAUUGAUCAUUUCUUAGUCAGUUGCACUUGUUCUACUUCGAUUGGGUUAUCUCUGUUGAAUUUUCUGUUUCUGGGCAUUUCUAGUUUCUGGGUACUUCUACUCUGUUUUAGUGCUGUUUGUUGGGAAAUUGAAUUUGGGUGUUUCUGCAUUUUGAGUUUAAGAAGGAUGUAUCGUUGGGUGGAAAGGAUUGUAUUAGCUUGUUGCGAGCCUUUAAGUCGAAGUCUCCCUUCGAGCAGGGGUGAAGAUUACCCAUCUCUAUGGUCUAAAGACCUUGAGAAACAUUCAUGUGGGAAGUUCUCUUUUGCUACGGUAUCUGGUAAUCCAGUAUGUGAAGAUUAUGGCCUCGUUGAACCAGGUCGUCAAGGUACCUUUGUUGGGAUUUAUGAUGGCCAUGGUGGCCCUCAAGCUUCAAGAUUUGCCUGUGAUAACCUUAGCCGCCAUUUAAUAAGGCUUGCUCAAGAAAGGCGAACGAUAGAUGAAGAAGUACUUACUAAUGCCUUUGCUGCAACUGAACAAGCCUUCCUUGAUCUUGUGAGGGAGAGAUUUGACGAUGACCCAUUGAUUGCAUCAAAGGGGUCCUGCUGUCUGGUUGGUGUUAUCUGGAAUGGGACAUUAUAUGUUGCUAACCUUGGGGACUCUAGAGCAGUAUUAGGUCAUGAUCAUAUAGAAAGACCCAAUAGAAUUGUUGCUGUGCAAUUGACUAAUGAUCAUAAUGUCAGUAACGUCGCCAUCAGGAAUGAACUGACUGCUUUGCACCCAGACGAUCCAAACAUUGUUGUUUAUGAAAGAAAUGCAUGGCGUGUUAGAGGCAUUAUACAGGUAACUAGAGCACUUGGAGAUGCAUAUCUGAAGGACAACGACUUUGCUCUUAGUACAAGUUACCCAAAAUUCCACCUUAAAGUACCGAUUACGCGACCAGUAGUAAGAGAUGAUCCAGAAAUAUCUUCAAGAAACUUACAACCAGUUGAUAGAUUUGUUAUCUUUGCUUCUGAUGGACUGUGGGAACUCUUAACCAAUGAAAAGGCUGUAGAAAUUGUGAACACCUACCCUAAAAAGGGGAUAGCUAGAAGACUACUUGUAUCAGCCCUGGAUGAAGCGGCAAGAGUUAGAAAAAUAAAGUAUGAUGAACUUAAGAAGGUUGGCAGAAAUGAGAGGAGGAACUUUCAUGAUGAUUUAACAGUGGUGGUCCUGUUUAUAGAUCACAACAUGCUGAACAGAAGAUUAUCUGUGCCUGGAAUGUCAGUUCGAGGAUUCGUUAACGCUGCUCCUCAACGAUCAACAUUCAAUAUUGCUCAGCAACAGCCUGGUAAUGAGGAAGAACUCGGUGACAUGCCAUAACAAGUUGUUCUUUUCUAGGGUAGUGACACUUCAUGUGCCAAGUUUUGAUAUGAUACAGUCUACACUCUAUAGUUCGUUUACCACAAUGUAAGGCCAUAAAUACAUUCUGUUUCAAGAUAUAUACAUGCUUGCAUUUUGAAGA